AUGAUUUUAGGAGGUGGUGGUGGAUACCAAGGAGAUCUAGGGGGACGCGGCGGCGGAGGCGGAGGUGGUGGUCGUGGUGGUGGAAGUGGCAGGGAAGGCGAUUGGCGAUGCCCUAAUCCAGGAGAGUUUAAUGACACUAUUAAUGGAUUCAAUGAUGAUGGCUGGUCGAUAUUGAACUGUGACGAUGCUCAAGGUAUUGCAGUUGCUGUUAAUUCAUCCAAGAACUUGAGCAGUGAUACAAAUACAGUUUUCUUCUUUGGAGGUAUUCUCCGGGUGAAGGCUUCUAUGCUACUCCAGAUGGAUAAACUCCAUGUUUUGUUCUAA